AUGACCAGCACUCACAGUCAUCCUAUCCAGAUCCCGAUGAGCUUGCAACAACAAUCAUCUUACACCACCCCUCGAAUGUCACCGGGUAUGAAUGGAGGAUCGGCAGGAUUGACCAUGGCAUCCAUGCCACCCCUGAGCCUCCCCGAGUCUUUCUUGGAGGAACAGUCAGAUUAUGCCGAAUACUACUCGGACGUGGGUUUUGCGUCGGCAGGUGAGUUUUCAUCCAUGUCUUUUGAUGAUUCAGUACCCAUCAGGACAUCGAUUGCACCCCGCUUCAACACAGAGGCUAUCCUCGCUCGCCCAGAGGGAUACUACCAGGGCCGGCCACACGUCCCAGUCGAGUCAUUCCUCAUGCCGACUCAGGACCAAUACCCCGUCGAUUCGCUCAUUCUUUUCGGAGGCACUGCUUCCCACUCUGAGGGAUCCAUGUUUCGGAAGGACGCCAAGGAGUACCUGAUGCUCACCAACUCGAGUCUGCUCAAGUACAAGACCAUGGAAAAAGCUGCCAAGGUCUUUGGCAAUCAAUCCGUUUGGUCAUCGUCCUCAGGUCACCAACUCCUCACCCCUCAACAAACCGCCCUCAUCUCAAAGGACAAUCGCAUCCUUGCACUCAACUCCAUCGUCGGCAUUCACGCCUUUCAGCCUACAGGAUCCGAUGUUCAGAUCCAGAUCGAGUACUUGGUCUCUAUAUCUUCUCAGCCGGCAUCGAUGCGGUUCACUCCUGCGCCAGAUCAAGCGGAAUUGUGGCUCAAGGAACUUCGUCAGGGCUGUAACUAUCAUGCCGCCCAGGCUGGUAUCGUUGCAAAGGGAACUCGGCAGCGUCAGUGGGUGCUGGACAAGAUGCGAGACGAUCACAUUUCUCUUCCUCAGAGUGUCCCCGAGACGGAUCCCACAGCAUUGACAGCAGGCGGGAUGUGGCGUGCGUACUUCAAGAGCCAGAGGCUUGUCGGUGUGCCCAUCAAUGACGCCAGUCUCGGCGACUCCAAGGUGCCGCUGGAGGGCAAAGUCGUUGUGAUUGCCAUCGGAAAAUCGUACAUCCAUCUUGUACCACACAAUCUCGGCAACGGAAGCAACAAGGACGACUUGAAGGACGAGCGGAACAUCCUGCAGUACCCCAUUCUCACCACCAAGGCGAUUUCGUACCGUGAGCGAGACGACACCUUUUCCCUCAGUUUUGGUACCACCCUUCGACAACGCAAGGUCGUCAUCACCUUUGCCUCUGCAAGGGCUCGCGAAAUCGUUAUUGCGAUCCGCGCCCGUGUCGAGAGUCUGCGGUGGCUCUAUCCUUUGGGUAGGAAGGGAAUCGAGCUCUCUCUUUCCGAGACCCUUUCUCGUCCGAUUCCUGUGCCAUCCAAGGAGUACAUGGGCGACUUGGGCUUUGAGGAUUUGUUACGCGCCGAGUGUAAUGCGAUGAAUCUAGAUCGCGGCGUCUUUCACAACGUCCGAGUCGACGGCUUCAAGGUGGUGGUCGGCAAGGCAGGAGUCUCGCCCGACAACCGCAGUGACUACACCGUAGACGAGAUGAAGUGUCUCCUUCGUGCCCUCCGGUUUAACACGACGUUCAAGGAGAUCAGCUUCUACAACAUCUCCUUUGCGGAUCUCCAAAAGCCAAAGACGAUGAAGGAUGGAACGACUCGGUAUGGACUCCGUCUGGACAAGGAAUUUUACGAGCUGGUCAUGGGCAAUCCUCAUAUUCGCUCGUUGGAUCUCCACAACUGCAACUUGGAUACGGGUACGAUCGGUAGCAUUGGACGCGCUAUCCGCGAUGGAUUCACAGCAGGCCUUCGUCUCGAGUACUUGGACAUCUCGGGCAACAAUGCCUCGGACGGCGCAGAUGUGAUGACCUUGGCCAAGGGCAUCGUCAAGCACGCCGGCACACUUCAUGGACUGGAGCUCGGUAACUGUCAGAUCACCGGAGAUGGCAUCAACCAGAUCAUGCACGCCUUUGUCGCCAAUCCAGAUGUCGCCACUCACACUCUGGAGACGUUUGGGAUCCAGGGCAAUGCCGAGAGCAAAGUCAACUCGUACAUCCUCGACAUGUUCCUCAAACACUCGAUGCAGCUCCAGCGCCUGGAUCUCUCUGGUCUUCCUUCUUGGAGCAAGUCCCCUAUCCUGAUGUCCGAGACCCUCUCCAACUGCGGCGGGUCGUUGACACAUCUCGAUCUAAGUGGAAUGGCCCUGCACCCCACGACCUUGGACCAGAUCUUGGUCUGGAUCUCCAACCCAGGGUUUCAAUCAAUGGAGGUGUUCAAAGUUGAGGGCUGUGGACUGGAUGGCGCCCAGUUCGCCAGCAUUCUCGAUGCUGUUGGACAGAGCCGGAACGCCAAUGUUGAAGUCCAUGCUGGUCGCAAUCUACUUUCUGAUGGCAACGAUCUUCCUGAGGUGUUGGUGAACAUUCUUGCGGGCAGCGAGACUCCAUCUUCGAUCAACCUGCGCCAGACUUGCUGGAGCGAGUCGUCUUUACGCCAGUUGUUCGUCAGCCUAAGCCAGAACUGGUCACUGAAGAGGCUGGAUCUGAGUUCUGUCUCUCUGGCCUCGAACCGGGAUCCUGAUGUUGAAACGUGCAAGCUGCUUGGCCAAAUGCUAUGCGCUCAUUCGAGCCGGCUGGAGGAGUUGUAUAUUCAGGGAGAGGAGACUGCGGAGCUGACCUCAAGGAUGGGCAAGAAUCUGUGGCGGUCGUUCCAGGGUAUGGGUAUGAGUCGGUACCUGACCAAGCUGGAUGUGCGGAGGAAUCGAUUCAGAGACGAGGGAGCGCAUGCCCUGGCUGAAGCCCUCCGCGGAAAUCAGAGUCUUAUCUGGCUUGACAUGGACGAAAACGAUGUCUCCAUGGAGGGAUUCAAUGCGAUUCUAGCAGCAUUCCACCAAGGCGGCACAGAGCAUGUACCAACGGGCACGAUGGCCUACAACAGCACGCUAUGCUACUUUGAGACGCCCGUCAAGGAUGUCGAGACCCAGACGCUGGUCCUGCGAGAGUCGAUGCUAGAGACCUAUAAGAAGGAGCAAGAGACGCGGUUCCUAUUGAGUAACUCUACAGGCAAGGAUUCGCGCGAGUGGAAGGAGAGAUUGGCUCAGAUCAUCCGCACCCGGAAUAUGAGCGCUGAGGCGAUUGGUCGGCUCGACCGGGCGAUCAAGGGGAUUGCAAGUGCAACAGAGAGGAACAAAGCAGCGGUGGAGGCUGUGUACAGAGAUCGAGAACGCCGCCGGGACCGGGAAAUGGACCGUGAGCGAGAGAGGGAGCGUGAUCGCAAUCGCGACAGCCAACUUGGCCUCUAA